AACGCCUAGGAGAACUGACGAGUGCAUCCAACGAAACACCAGCUGUCCUGUCUGUUGCAGCAGACCACGACCACGCCCACGCCUCUUCUCUCUUGCGACUUCUCUUCACUUCGAUAAACCGCGAUCCUUUUACGAUAAUAAUUAGAGCCCGCCUCAUACACUCCUUGUCCUGUUUCUUUGUCUCCUACAAUCACACGGAGCCUUGUAACCUUUAAAUAACUCAGCGCGAUCCGAGCCUCCGGAAAGGCAAGUUGGAAACGAGAAGGCUCACGAAUAUUGCGGCGCCGAUCCAAAUCAGCCGAGUACAUUCCCUGUGUUGAACUCGCGCCCAUAUCCCUCUAUCGCAACCACAUUCUCCAGAUGGCAGUCUCCUCCAUCCAGGAUCGGACCAACGAGUUCAGGUCGGUCCUGACCCAAGUACAAAAGCGACAGGCAACUUCAAAAGUGGGCGCACAAAGACAGUCACUCCUCACAGACUCACAGAAGGCGGCGGCGAAUGGCAGCGCAACUGGAGACGGGAAGCCAAGGAGGUCAGAGUUCGCGAGGAGGGCGGCAGAGAUUGGCCGAGGCAUCUCAGUGACCAUGGGAAAGUUGGAGAAACUAGCACAACUGGCCAGGAGGAAAACGCUCUUCGAUGACCGGCCAGUCGAAAUCAACGAAUUGACCUCAAUCAUCAAGCAAGAUCUCUCAUCCCUGAACCAACAAAUCUCGUCAUUACAAAGUCUCUCUCGAGCACAGCAUCCAAAAGCCGACCAAGAAGGAGAACACAACAAGAACGUAGUCUUCCUUCUCCAAGGAAAACUCACAGACGUAUCCGCAAAUUUCAAAGAUGUCCUAGAAGUACGAACGAAGAAUAUCCAAGCCUCACGAGCGCGAACAGAGAACUUCGUCUCCUCAGUAUCAGCCCACGUCGCCCCAUCGAUAUCCCAGUCCGCCUCUCCAUUAUACAGCACACCAAACAGAGGAUCACCGGGCCCAGGCCAAGAUCUAUUAUCCUUGAAUCCAGUUGGGGAUCAGCAGCUCUUGAUGAUGGAAGAAGCACAGCCCCAGAACACAUACAUCCAGCAAAGAGGGGAAGCAAUCGAGGCAAUAGAAAGAACAAUCAGCGAGCUGGGUGGAAUUUUCGGUCAAUUAGCCUCUAUGGUAUCAGAGCAGAGCGAGAUGAUUCAAAGAAUCGAUGCGAAUACGGAGGAUGUAGUAGACAAUGUGCAAGGCGCUCAGAGAGAGCUGCUGAAGUACUGGUCGCGAGUGUCUGGCAAUCGCUGGUUGGUUGCCAAGAUGUUCGGCGUUCUCAUGAUUUUCUUUUUACUUUGGGUCCUGAUAUCCGGAUAGACCUGCGCUGCAUUAGCGGUCCCUUCAUUGUACAAGUAUUGUAGAAAGCGUCUGAAUAUACCAUUUAAUGUUGGAACCCCUCGG